AUGCUGGGAGGCCUGGGGAAACUUGCCGCUGAAGGCCUGGCCCACCGCACUGAGAAGGCCACUGAGGAAGCUGUUCAUGCUGUGGAAGGAGUGGUGAAGGAGGUGGUGGAACAUGCCAAGGAGGCUGGAGAGAAAGCUAUUGCUGAAGCCUUCAAGAAGGCCCAGCAAACAGGGGACCAAGUGGUGAAGGAAGUCACUGAGACAGUGACCAAUACAGUCACAAAUGCUGUUACCCAUGCAGCGGAAGGCCUGGGUAAAUUGGGACAGUGAGCACGCCUGCCACUGGCAAACUCUUCCUGAAUCUCAAUAAAAAGAUGUGAAAUGUG